CACGAGUCUUCUUGUGAUUCACCACCACUCAUGUAUGCUUCAUUAUCCUUCCCUACUCUUUUCCCUCCCACUUCUCAUAAUGUCAACACCACUACAAUCUUCACACUUGGCCGGAAAAUUUUCUACCCCGAAAAACCUCCGAAACUCUUCGGCCGAAGCCAUCAAGUUUCCGGUACACGGUGUCGGGCUAGACGGCAAGUUAGGUUCGAAGAUGAAAAUGACGAAGAAUAUGAACACAAUGAAGAGAUAGCGAUGUUGGAAUUCUACAGUCAGGUCGCAAAGAACGAAGCACUUUUGGUUAAAGCAGUUGUGGACGAUGAAGAAGUCGAGAUUCUCGUCUUUAAGGGAUUCUCAUCAAGCUUGAGCUCAGGAACUUCUUUCGACCCGACAAGAAGCAUUCUUCCGGCGAAAGCGGUUAUAAAAUGCAUUGAUCGAGUUAAAGGCCCAUUUGAUCCAUCUAAUAUUGACUACAUCGAGAAGGAUUUGACAGUUGAAGCCUUUAAGACAGUUGUUCAAAAAAUAAAAGAGGUUCGGGAUAAUCUUCAAUCGAAUUGAUGAAACUCAAUUCUCAUUUACCAAUAGAAUUUGUAACGAUUACGGUUGUAAUUCAUUACUAAAUGAAAUUGACUUUUGCCUACGGAAAUUUUCUUUG